AUGGACAUGGCAGACUACAGCGAGGCUCUGGACCCAGCCUACACCACGCUGGAGUUCGAAAACAUGCAGGUGCUCCCGUUGGGCACAGAUUCAUCGCCGGCUGAAAGUGCUAACAUGAACGCUGCGAGUCACCUGGCGGUAGGCAGCUUAUGCGCCAUAUGUGGGGACAGAGCGACCGGCAAACACUACGGGGCGUCUAGCUGUGACGGCUGCAAGGGCUUCUUCAGACGCAGCGUUCGCAAAAACCACAUGUAUUCCUGCAGGUUCAACAGGCAAUGCAUUGUGGACAAAGACAAGCGGAAUCAAUGCAGAUACUGCAGACUGAAGAAAUGCUUCAGAGCUGGCAUGAAGAAAGAAGCCGUGCAGAACGAAAGAGACAGAAUCAGCACCAGGAGAUCCAGCUAUGAAGACAGCAGUUUACCGUCCAUCAAUGCACUCAUCCAAGCAGACGUACUGUCACGACAGAUCACGUCCCCCGCGCCCAUACUGAACGGCGACAUAAGAACCAAAAAGAUCGCCGCCAUCACAGACGUGUGUGAGUCCAUGAAGCAGCAGCUGCUGGUGUUAGUGGAGUGGGCCAAGUAUAUCCCGGCCUUCUGUGACCUGCCCCUCGAUGACCAGGUGGCGCUGCUGCGAGCUCACGCAGGAGAACAUCUUCUCCUUGGUGUUGCAAAGAGGUCCAUGCUAUACAAAGACAUCCUCUUAUUAGGAAACGACCACAUCAUCCCCAGAAACAGUCCAGAGCUGGAGGUAGGAAGAGUGGCAGUGAGGAUUCUUGAUGAGCUGGUGCUACCUUUCCAGGAGCUUCAGAUAGACGACAAUGAAUAUGCAUGCCUAAAGGCCAUAGUGUUCUUCGACCCAGACGCCAAAGGUCUCAGUGACCCCGGAAAAAUCAAGCGCAUGCGAUAUCAGGUCCAGGUCAGCCUGGAGGACUACAUCAACGACAGGCAGUACGACUCCCGGGGUCGCUUCGGCGAGCUGCUCUUGCUGCUGCCGACGCUACAGAGCAUCACCUGGCAAAUGAUCGAACAGAUCCAGUUUGUCAAACUGUUCGGAAUGGCCAAGAUCGACAAUCUGCUCCAAGAAAUGCUUCUAGGAGGCUCUGCUAAUGAAGCUCCACAUGCGCCCCACUCUCUGCACCCCCACCUGGUUCAGGAGCACCUCAGCGGCAACGUCAUCGUGACCAGCAACAUGCCGACGCCGAUCCAUAACGGUCAAAUCUCCACUCCUGAAACCCCCAUACCAUCUCCACCUACUGCCUCCUCCAGUUCAGAACAUUACAAAAUGGCUCAGGGGGUCAUAGCCACUGUGCCCAAGCAGCCAACCUCCAUCCCUCAGCCGACCAUUACAAAGCAAGAAGCUAUCUAACAACCCAUUUCAAUCUCUAUACUUUCAGUUUUUGUAUUAUACCAUGUUUAGU